GCAUGGAAUAACGGCGACAGUCAUUAUUCAAAAUCUUUGGAAAACAUCAUCCAGCCAUUUACGUCAGAUUGUAAUUCAUCGACCUGUGUGGAUAAGUCGUGUGAUCUAAACUCCUCGGGCGACAAUGUUGAAAACACGAUGCUUCAAGAAGAUGAUUAUUUUCUUGCCACCCUUUUUUCGGAAAAUUUGGACUACCUUGACGACACCUCAUUGGACGUUAGCAAUAAUGAAUUAUCAAGCGAAUUACCCAAACCACGUCCGUUCGAUCGUGACGAUGACGCAGAUAAUUCAAGUCGCUUGGGAGAUAUGCCUCCGCUUCAUUUGGGACCGGACAACUCUGAGAUCGAGCAUGAUCAUGAUGACGAUGAAUCAACUGGUGAUAUGAAGGAGGAUCAGGGGACUGGAACGACGACUAUUGACGGUGAUAACGCGUUCGAUAUCUCCGGCAAAGGUUAUAAUAUCAUGUUAGUGGCGGGUGACUCGAAUGAUCCUGUCGGAGUAGUAAAUGAAAAUCAUCCAGGAGUAAACGAGUUAAUUUCUGUAAAGCAUGACUACGGUGGUGACACUAGUAUUUCAGGCGAACUUACCCUUAACCACUUUAGGCAAGACCCGGUGACCGAAUAUAACAUCGCUAAUGAUGAUGCAGCCAGUGACAAAUUCCAAGAUGUUAAUAAUUCGGAUUUCUUGGAUUUCACAAUUAAAGGUCAACUGGAUAAAAAUGAGGUUUCUCCAGUUAUAUGCGAUUCUCAUGAUCUCUCCUCCGUCCAGUCAUCUUCCCCGAAAUCAGAUCUUGAUUUUAACUCCGCGAUUAAAAGUAAUGUUUUGGAGAGCAAGUACCGGGAAGAUGAGGCGGGUUCGAUUGCUCCCGGGUUUUGCGACGUUUCGAAUAAAAAUGAAAAUGAUGACACCGCUACUUUGGUGAGCGGUUCGAAUGGUCACGUGAAUGACACAGAUUCAUGCAAUGACGGGGAAGCUACCAGAUUAUCAUGGGUCAAAAAAGGCAUGGAUAAUUCAAGUUCUCCGAGUUACUCGUCUUCUGCCUUCAACUCUGACUUCGUAGGCGAAACGAGAAUCGAGGACGAUCCUAAGCGUUUAGACGGUUCUUCUAGAUGCCCGGAUUUCUCUUGUCCGAGUGACGACGAUUCCGCACAAUUGCGACACACCGUGAAUAAUGAUGACAAGGACGAUUCACGCUCAAAUGGAUUAUCCAACAAUGCUGUGAAAAUACCGCUUGCGAAAAAUUUUUGCAUCUCCAUUAUGGAUGACAUUUCGCAACAUUCCCAGGCAUACCUAACCAUUCACGAACACUGCAAAGGGAAUGAAUCCGCUCUUUUGUUAAAAAAGAUCGAUGAACUUAAGGAGGUGGUUGCGUUCUCGGAAUCACAAAAUCGGAAACUCAAAGAGGAAAUCAAGGAGUUUCGUUUGAACUACAAGAGGCUUUCAGACGAAAAAUCCGAGAUUUUUUCCAAACAUCGUGAACUAUUCGAAGAGUGUGCGAGAGUUCGACAAUGUUGUGAGAAAUUGUCUAAUGAGAACCACGAGAUUCGUUCGGAGUUUACCAUGCUAGCAGAUUCUACUGAAGAACUUCACAGGAAAAAUAGUCAGUUGACUCACGAGAAUGGAUUGUUAUCUGAAAAAGUUGAAAACAUUUAUAAGUUUAAUAAGAAUGUUUCACCGAACGAUCGGAGAUUUCUUUUGGACGAAGAAACAAAUAAGCCUGAUAAUAGUGAUGAAUGUGUUUUAGAAAAGUUAAAAGGCGAGAAUGCGUCUUUAACGUUAAAGUACGAAAAAAUGGUCAAAGAAAACGAAAAGCUACGCCAAAAGAACGAUGAACUAAUUGCAGACUGGAACUUUUUAGAUCAUGAUUUCCAGGAUCUCAGGCGUCGGAAUGAACAUCUUGAGAAAAACCGAAGGUUGACCGUUGAGAUAAACCGUAGCUCCUUUGAAAAAAACAAUAGACCUGGUUCAGAGAGUAGACAAUUUUCUGGAAAAUUUGAGAAAUCACUACCUGACCAUCAUAAUGCUAGCGAAAAUGUCGGACUUGUCAAAGUAAAUGAAGAGCUUUCUUCCUGGAAUAAGCAACUUUGCAGAGACAUCAAGAAAUACAAAGAAGAGAAUGGUGCACUUCAUGAAGAAAUCAAAAAAUUAAACCUCCAUCGGUCAAAAUCCGCUGAAGAUAACAAAGAUUUGCGUAAUCAAGUUCUCAAGUUAAAAUCGCACAUGCCAUUCGGGCAUUACGAUGACUUGGUUAAGGAAAAUAGACGACUCUCCGAUGAGAAUCAGAAAUUGAGAAGCGAUAUCUCGGCAGAAAGGUCAAAGGCAUCGGGUGUGCGAAGUGAGCUUAGGAGUCUUUCGGGUAAACUCGGUUCUUGUCAAUCGAAAUUAGAUACAGAGGUUAAUAUAAGACAAUCUUGCCAACGGGAAAUCAUUAAACUCCAAGGAAAGUUAAAAGAUUUACAAAAUGAAUGCAAAAACCUGAAACUGGCGAGGAAACAAGAAUAUGAGGAUAAUUCGGCAACUUUCAAUAGAUGUAAGGCUUGCUAUGCGGAACCGAUCACGCAUGCCAUUGUUCCGUGUUAUCACAUGGCACUUUGCGAGAAGUGUACCAAUUCCGUUGAAACAUGUGCCAUUUGUCGUGAAAAAAAGGAAUCCGCGAUCCGCGUCUACAUUCAAUAA